AUGUAUUUAUUGAUAUUCUUCUUAAUAAGCACAGGUUCGAGCCAAGUCAUUGCUCAAUACUACCAGCUGAUCCGAUUGGGCCAUGAGGGGUACAGAAACGUGAUGGAGAAUUGCAGAGAGAACAUGAUCGUCUUAAGGGAAGGGCUUGAGAAGACAGGAAGGUUCAGCAUCGUAUCAAAGGACGAGGGAAUUCCACUUGUUGCUUUCUCCUUGAAAGAUAACAGUUCUCACACUGAGUUCGAAAUCUCCGAGAUGCUUCGCAGGUAUGGGUGGAUAGUGCCGGCGUAUACAAUGCCAGCAAACGCAGAGCACAUAACUGUUCUUCGUGUGGUCAUCAGAGAAGAUUUUUCAAGGACACUGGCAGAGAGACUUGUGAUGGAUAUUGAGAAAGUGAUGCAUGAGCUUGAUGAGCUUCCCUCGCGAGUGAUCCACAAAAUUUCACUAGGAGAGGUGAAGAGUGAAGAUAACGGCGACAACAUGGUGGUUACGGUGAAGAAAAGUGAUAUUGAGAAGCCCAUAGAGAUCAAUGUCAAGAAGUCUGACAAACCCAUAUUUUGUUGAUGUUAGACCUUCAUAGGUCGACUGGUUUUUGAUUGAGUUUUUAUUUUUAUUGCGUCGAUUUAAAAUUUUGAAAGACAUCAUGUAUCGUUUUACUGAAUUGAUUUCUAAGUUUUGAACUAA